UGCGAAGGCGUAAAUUAUAACCGAAGGAAUGGCCGUUGCGAGUUGUUCGAUCAGAUCGAGGGAAAUGGGAAGCAGAAUGACUUCACUGAUUUCUACAAGAAUUUAUGUCUUGUCAAGGAAAUUGAGUCCGGAUACAGUGCUGCGUCCAAUGUCCCGAAGCAUCUGCUCCAGAAUGCGAAGCCAUUCUUGCGCGAACAGGAAGCUCAACGACGAGCUCCAGAAUUGCCCGCGAAAGUGGCAGCAAGUGGUGUUACAAGUAAAACCAGUGGCGGUGCGAAAUCGAAGGCAGAUGCUACACUUACAGUCUCCUCGUCUGGAAAACUCCCUGGACCGAUGGUGCAGAUUGCUGCUGAUGCGGUCCACACAAUUUGCAAUUACGAAGGCAUUAAAAUACGAAACAAUGAACCCUUCUCGGGAGUAAUGUUUGUGAAGAACAAAUACGAUACUUGUCGAGUGGAGGUGGCGGAAAGUGAUAGCGCAACGCUCCUUAUUGGCUUGCCCGAAAAUUUCGGCUCCAAUCUGAUUCCCGAUGGAACAGAUUCCAGCACCAUAGCAACAGCAGCCAGUUCUCAACACUCAACCACUGCAGAUAAGCAAGCGAAAACCACCGAUGAAUUACGCGUCAGGCGGCAAGCAGCUGGUGACCUGUUACGCGAUUGCGGCAUCCAGGACUUGGUUUGUUUUAUUGCAACUUAA